AUGUCGAGAGAGUCCGGUAGAAGGUCCGUGGAUAUGGGCGCCGUGAACCGAAGUUUGAGUAGAGGCAAAGCAAAAGUCACCUCCGACGGUUCGACCUCACGCGUUUCUCGAGGAAGACACUCCGUCUCUUCCUUUCCUACUAUCCCCGAUCACUUAAUCGGGGACGCUAUGACGGAUGAAGAAUUCGACCAGACUUAUUCUGGUAGAGGGGACGCAAAUCUCCCCACUCUUGAUAGUGUAUUCGAAGAUAUUGAUGAAGCAAAUCUGGAUAAUCUGGACGGGGACGAGGAGCCUACACCGCAGAGCAACGACGUCGACGUGGAGGCAG